GCAGGCCCUCUCGGCCCAGCGGCCAUCCAAAAGGCCAUGGCAGAAGCUCUCCCCGCCCAGGACGACUCACCAGCCAUCAAGAGCCCGUACGAGGCAAUCGCUUUAGCUGUGCACGCCUAUUUGGCCCUGCUCGACUUUCGACUAGUCGGCUUUGAUGAGUCUCGUUUUCUGCCGGAAUGCGAGUCCCUCGCCCCUCGCCUCCCACCCUCAUGGAACCAGAGACCAGAAUCCGUAUCGCUCGUCUACAAGCACAAGCAGUCGUCCAUGAUCUUCGUCGUCCGCGUCGACCGCCUGGGCUCAAGGGCCGAGAUCCGGGGGCUCGCCGUCGGCGACGAGAAGAUUUACCGAAUCGAGUACGCUGUCAAGGACGUCGUUCAAGAAAGCGCUCUACCGCUGCGCAUCACGAGUGAUAGCGGGAACGAGGACCGGAGCGGUGCCUUGGUUGAGCGCAUAGGGGGCCUGUUUGCGGGCGGUGCUAUUGAGCGGAUAGCGCAUGAUGUCAAGGUCCAGAUUGUGCAGAAGCUGAUUCCCGGGCUGGACAAGAAGGGGUAUUCGGAGGAGCAGGUGGAUGAUGAUGUCAGACGUCCUCAGCCGGGCCGUCACAAUCCCUCGGAUCCUGCGCGCCCUGGCAGCUUUGAGCAGCCCGUGAACCCGUACGGACUGCCUCCCCAGCCGGCUUCUGCUCGCCACCCGCCUCCCAUGGGUGAUUUCCCGCCUCCAGGAUUCGAAGACGAGCACCAGAUCAACAGCCCGCCGAGGAUGAUGGGCGGAUUACGCAUGCCCGGGCAAGGAGGGCACCCCUUCAACAUUGGACAUGACGAUCUGAACCCAAGCGGGCUCGGGCCUCACGAUCCGCUCAGGGCAUCCUUUGUGGGCGGCGGUAGGGGGCCUCGGGCCGGCGGCUUCUCGGGCAUGCACCCCACGUUUGACGACCCGCUGUUCACCGGCCAGGGACGGGGCCGCGGGGAGGGGCCGGACGAGGGCUUCUACGAUCCGCAGGCGCCUCCGGGGGCGAGGUGGGAUCCGGUCGGGCCGGGUGGUGCACCGAGGUUUGGCGGGCGUGGUGGUGGUGGUGGAUGGAAUGGCGGCGGAGGAUUUGGGGGUGGUGGGUUUGGCUUUGGAGGGGGU